CUUCGCCAUCCGCCAUCCGCCAUCCCCCCCCGUCAAAACACCCAAAACCCAGGCACACGACAUUUGAAACAUUCACAUCUUCGCCACAACAACAACACAACUACGACACCACAACACCCUGAAUCCCCGAUAUCUCCCUCCUGUACAACCAAACAACCAAACAAUUAUAUCGAACCUUGUCGCCGCCUAUCUAAUAUAAAACCUUUCGACAACAUAUCAGCGACAAAAUAGUACGACAAAUUACCGACGUAAUCACACACUCACUCAGUCGUCCCACCACCCGGAGAUCACACCAGACAAGGAUCAAGCCGGUGCGCCGCAUUACGUUGGGAAGGGAAAGUCGACUUUCCGUACGUUCGGGAAAAUAGGCCGUUGCGACAGACACAGGAAAGGAAAGUCCAUCAUCAUCAACCGACGACCACAACAACAACAACAGCAGCAACACAACAUCCCAUUGCGCCUCAGUCAAGAAUCGAAGAGACGGCGACAAAACACUCACUCUUGUACACUUUAUCGACAAGUUUACGGAGAAUACUUUCGCUGUACACCAUCUAUCUGUACAUCGUCUAUCUGUACCUCCUUACCGCUCGACAAUCUCACACCGUUUCCAACGCGCACUGUCCCUUUUUCGUCCAGGGAAGGAGAUCUUGUAUGCAUAGUCCUGUAUACAUAGCACGCCCAAAGUUACAAACUUGAUCAUCCCAGCAUCAAAAAAACAACCCUUGUGUCAUCCAUCAGAUAUCACACUCCUCCCUCCAAAACUCGCGCGCCUUCCUGCAUUCCGGAGGUGGCAACUCGCAUCCCAACCACCACCAUCGAACAAACCCAACCCCGUCAAACGAACCCCAGGCAACCAAACACCCCCUGUUGCAUCCAAUAACAUCCCCGACAUCUUCAACACCAGACUACUGAAAAAAACACCACUACCAAGCUGUACUAUACCUGUACAGUACUUAACCUGAAAAGGGAUAAUACUUCAACUACAUCACCCCAGUUAGCACCACCUGCCCUGCGCCGAAGGGGAAAAUCCGAGCGUGCAACGUGCAGCCAACCCCAGCAAACCAAGGACGGACCAGCACCCAAGCUGCAACAAACAGAGCGCAUCCCUCCCCUUCGCCUGCAAUUGUCGCAAACAAACUUUCCAGACACCUCUCUCCCUCCGCCACCAAACCCCUCUCACAACCUCUCUCUCUCUCUCGACCCUUCGAAAUAAGAGACUCACGAAACGACUCUUCCCCAUGCGCUCCGCAGCACCCGAGAAAGCCGUCAAGAUGCCCUAUAACACUCGUCGGAAAUCGCUGUCGCUGCCGUCGCUAGGCAUCCACCUCCCCGUCACACACGCCUCGAGAGCUGCUGCGGCCGCCGCGGCAGCAAACCGCUCACCGCCUUCGUCGACAGCGCCGUCCGACCAGCCGCCGCUCAAAAAAUUAAAACAGUCGCACGCCUCAUCAGCAUCAUCAUCAUCAUCAGCAUCGUCGAAACCACAGUCGCAUAUGUCGCCACCGUCGAAACCGGAACCAGCAGCGAAGAGCAUACUGAAGUACGAGCAUACGCCGCCGCCGUCGCCGGAGGCGGAUGCGGUGGACGAUGAGGGCGCGCCGAGACGGGAGAUCGAUUUGGAGGGCAUCAAUGAUGAUAUUGUCGAGGCGGUUAUUGUACAAUUACAACGGACAGCGAACAGGCCGCACCUGGUCAAGGAGCUGGCCGCCAUCCUGUCGACCUCGGUAAAGAUAGUAGAGACAUCCGCGAACCCGUCAGCAAUCAUAUCCUCCCGCCUCUCUACAUACCUCAAGCGAUCCUGCUGGUCGGCACUCGCGCCCUGCCCCCUCGCAAAGGAACUCGAGACCGUUCACCCGCGCCGCACCUACUUCUACCUCACCACCUACCGCCACCAACCCAUCCCCUCCCCUUCCGCCGCCGCCUCCACCUCCGCCACCUCCUUCCCUCAACGCUCCAUCAUCUCUCCCUCCCUCUCCUCCACCGAAUCCCGCUCCGAAGACGACGUCGACGCCGAGCGCCGCCGCCAACUCUCCCCCUCCCCCGAAGUCGACCUCUCGUCCCCUGAACUCGACGAUGUCGGGUCCUCCGACUCCAACGGCUCCGUCGCGCCGCCUACGCCGAGCGGAUCCUUCUCGGGACGUCUGACGAGCGAUGCGCGGGCCGGGUUGGCGCGGAAUCAUCGCGCUUCGUCGCCGCCGUUGGAGAAGGACGAGAAGGAGUUUACACAGACGGCGAGGGGGAUGCAGAGGAGACAGCUUCUGAGUGAGAAGCUGAGGGAGGGCGCCGCUGCGGCGUCGCAUAUUCCGUCUUUCUCGUUCUCGGGGGAGGUGAAGAUUAUGGAUUUGGAUGGCGAUGGGGAUUUGUUCGGCGACCAUGAGCAUCAUGGAAGAGGCGGCAAUGGGGUGUUGCACGGCUUCGUGAGCAGCCCGGCGAUGAAACCGGUGGGUGGCGUGAUGGCUGGGAUGAUGCCAUUACUGUCUUCCCCGGCGUCGAUGUCGGUGUUGAAGAGGCCGUUUGAGGAUGUGGAGGAGGUGUGGAGCAGGGAUGAGAUGGAGUGGGAUUCGAGGAGUCCGGAGAAUAUCGAUCUGGAUGAGUUGGAUGGGAUGUUUGAUUGCUUCGAGUAAAUGAGGAUGUGGUUUUGAGCGUGGAGAUUUUCACUUCUUGGAGAGAGAGUGCCCGACCCGUCUAACGACGACGGGAUCGGGCACAGACGACGACGAGCGCCCGUUAUUUUUUGGGCUUUGCUGGUCUGGCUUUGCUUUUGCUUAAGCGGCUGCCUGGCAACGUCGAUUUUUACAAUUUUGGUGGAAGAGAAGGGAGAGAUCCUUUGUGCUUUUCACGGCCUUUUUUUACGGACGGACGGACCCGAUGUUGGCGAUUACUACUAGUGCUUCUCUUGUUUGCUUUAGAACGAAACAAAAACGGCAGGAACGAUACGGAACUCAAAAAAGUUUAUGGGCGGAGAAGGCACGAUUCUGGUUUUUUUUACAAAGAAAAGAAGGAAAGAGCGAUGGAGAUGGGGUGGUCGCGCUUGCUCUUUCUGUUUUUCACUACUCUCCGACUCUGGCGCAAGAUAUAUGGGUGGAUGGAUGUUCUGCCGUCAUUUUUUUGGUCGCUACUCCUCUUCACUGCGCUACUACACACAACCCUCCUCUUUUUUACUCCUCAUCACUUGUCACUUGCUCUGUUUUUUGGUUUGCUUUUUUUGCUUUUUUGCUAGCGAGUUUUUGUUUUGCUGUUAUCUUUUUGCUGGAGACGGGAGAUUGAUUACAGAUGAGAGAGAGGGAGGGAGCUCACUGCUCGAAAGAUUUGAAAGAGGAACUUUGUAUAUAUUAUGUAAUCUUGAGAGUUGGGUGGUGUCCUUUUUUCGCGGUGGAUGGGGAUAGGGAAUGAAGAGAUAAGACGAGGGAGCUGAAGAGAAGAAUGGGAGGGGGAGAAAGGAGAGCAG